UUUGAACGAGUACGAACAUUACUACAUUCUUAAUUAAUUUUUCAUAUUCCAAGUCGCAACACAAAAGCAAGAGCAUUGAUGGGUGACAUAGCAAAGAAUUGGAAGCAGCUAAGCGGAGAGAAUGAGUGGGAAGGUCUCUUGGAUCCUCUUAACAUCAAUCUCCGCAAAUGUAUAAUUCACUACGGCGAGAGGGUUCAAGCUGUUUAUGAUUCCUUCAAUCACGACAAGUCAUCUGCAUUGUAUGGAUUUCCUCUAUACGCACCGAAAGAUCUUUUCUCCAACGUUGGCCUAGAGAAAGGAAAUCCUUUCAAGUAUACCGUCACCAACUAUCUCUACGCAAUGACAGAUAUUGAUUCCAGUAUUGAUUGGAUAGUCAAGGACCAAUCUUCGUGGAUCGGUUACAUUGCAGUGGUCACAGAUGAAGGAAAGGUUGCUUUAGGAAGAAGGGACAUUCUCAUUUCAUGGAGAGGAACUCUUUUGACUGGCGAAUGGUUGAAGGAUGUCAAUUGGCCUCUAACUUCAGCUUCCAACUUACUUGGGGAAACUCAUCACAAUCCUAAACCUCAUGUGCACCAGGGAUUUCAUUCACUCUACACAUCGUCAAACCCAAAAUCACAAUACAAUAAAUUCAGUGCUAGAGAACAGGUACUGAGUGCACUUAGCAAAUUGGUAGAUAAGUACAAGGACGAGGAAAUCAGUAUAACAAUAACAGGUCAUAGCUUGGGUUCAGCACUUGCAACAUUAAAUGCAGUGGACAUAGUUUCCGGAGGAUUUAAUAAGCCCACGGGAUCAGAUCAAGCAUGCAUGGUCACAGUUUUCGUGUUUGCAAGCCCCAAGGUGGGAGACAAAGGCUUCAAGACUGCGUUCAACAAACUCAGCAAUCUUCAUCUUUUGCACAUCAGAAACAUCAACGACAUAGUUCCUAAAUUGCCUUUUAUUUUCUACUUUAAAGUGGGAAAACAAUUCAAAUUUGACACAACCAAGUCAACGUACGUAAAGGCUGAUACUGCUAAGCAAAUAGGUGCUUUGCAUAAGUUGGAGAAUUAUCUUCAUGGAAUUGCAGGGACGAUGUCUGAAGAGAGUGGUAAAUUUGAAUUGAUUGUUAAACGUGAUAUUGCACUCUUGAACAAAGGAGCAGAUCUUUUGAAGAGCGAAUUUGGUGUACCACCUGAAUGGUGGGAUCCUAUGAUGAACAAAAGAAUGGUUCAACAGAAUGAUGGCUCAUGGAAGUUGGAGUAUUAUGUUCCAGAGUGUCCUAGUGCUUAAUUUUCUUGAGGAAAAAAAAAAUGUGUUUAAGCACUCAGCUGGGCAUCCUAGUUAAAGCUCUUUUGUUCAUUUUUUAGUUUUUGUGUAUUUAAUUCAUUUUUUUUAGCUUGUAUCUCGGUCUGACUAUAAUAAAUGUCAUUGGUAUUUUUCCAUUGUUUA